AUGCAGUUUAACGAUGUUGCCAAAAGGAACGAUGCAGUGGUGGUCACGGAAUGCGACCCAACACCAGACAGUUCCAAAGCAUAUAAUUGUAGUACAGUCUACCACAACAAGUACAGCGUCACUUGGGAAUUUCCUGAAAAUUGGAGUGGUCCAGCGCGGUUUCUCAAGGACAUUGCGUAUGAAUCGGACAAUAAUAACUUUGAAGUUGUUGGAGUUCAUUGGCCCAUGCAGUUGCCGAAUGAUGCGAAUAAGAUGUAUGUGGACGUGAUUAUGUUAGUCGAGCAACAGUCAACCGACGUCUGCAUGAAGCUUUUCGAAAACGCAAGUCCAUAUUUGAUCAAAAUUUGCAAAAUUAUAAAUUCAGCUCGUGUUACAGUACUUUUGGCAAAAUAA